AAUGUGGUUGAAGUUAUAAAUCAGCUAUGAUGGAAUAGAAGGACGUCCCUUUAGAACAGAGAAGAGGAGGAAUUUCCUUAGCCAGAAGGUGGUGAAUCUGUGGAAUUCAUCGCCACAGACGGCUGUGGAGGCCAAGUCGUUGGGUAUACUUAAAAUGAAAGUUAACAGGCUCUUGAUUAGUAAGGGUGUCAGAGGUUACGGGGAGAAGGCAGAAGACGGGCUGAGAUGGACAAUAACUCAGCCAAUGAAGGAAUGGUGGAGCAGACUCCGAGGCCCAAGUGGCCUAAUUCUGUUCCUAAGAUUUAUGGUCUAUCUACGAAUAGGUUAUGAGGUCAGCACAACAUUGUGGGCUGAAUGGCCUGCAACAUUCUGUGUUCUAAAUCUUUCAUCUAUAUCUGUUUUUUUCAGAACACCCAGUCGGAGAUCUUUGAAGAGCUUGACCAGAAGAGCACAGUUGUUGAGGAGAAAACUGAACCAGCAGACACGUGCAGCACGCUGCUGGCCAAGAGCACAGAGCAAAGUGGGAGCUCGAGGCAAUUCCACCCUGAGGUCCAGAAUCAUCCCAGGAGCCAAGGUGGUCCUGAGGCUCCAGCACUCCCCCGGGGGUGGGGGGCAAAAGGCCGCAAGAGAGACGCUGAGCACAGUGGGCAACCUACAUGCUGCCUCACAGGUCGUCAAGGCCUUGAAGUACAACUGCAGCCAAGUGGGCCCUGCAGGCAACGUGAAUUAUUCCAGACGGAUAGAUACCGCAGGGCACGCGAAUGUCACGGAGGAGAUUUCAAAUGCACCUUGGGAUCAGCGUGAUUCCUGUUGCAACUGCUGGAGUUACAGUUGACAGCUGGCUGACGUUAUUUUUGGUUUGCUGCUGGCGGCAAAUUUAAGUUUGGCGUUUUUCAUAAAUACAAGAAGGACUCAAAUAGACGUUGAGUAUUUUACUUAAAAGUAACCUUCAACCCAACGUCUUUUUUUCGGAGUUCAAAAUGUUUUUGUUGCCUGCAGAAAUGUAAUUUCGUUUUCUCUGCAGGAGUUCAUCAAUUUCAUAAAUGCAACACAUUAUAGUUUGUUUAUACAUAGCAUAAAGACAAAACAAAACGUUGUAUGCAGUGUUAUUUCAUUUUAAAUGUCAAACGGGUUUUGCGGCUCCCAGUGUUUUCUUUUCUGUGGGAAACGGGUCCAAGUGGCUCUUUCAGUGGUAAAGGUUGCUGACCCCUGGGUCAGAUAAAUUUGGGUUUAAUCUUUAUUUUUUGUGGUGUAAUAUAUAAUUGAUGUAAAAUUGUAUUAUACUAA